AUUAUAUAUUUUUAAGUCUAGUUUUCUGUCAAUGGCAACGAUUCGUGAUUCGUGUUGAGAUGUAGGGCUUUCUCCCUCUCGCAGUGGAUUCUCUGGUACACCUUUCUAGGUCUUCAGUCUUUACUUUCCCGUUUGGGGAGUUCCUUUCUUCGGUUUUUGAAGGAUGUGAGCUGAAUCCCACCUCUCUCUUGAACCAUGAUGAUGGCGGUUCUCGCCUCUGAUCCAAGGCGGGAAUUUCGUCUAUGGUUCCCGAAAACUCCGCGCUAGGACUACCACUUUGUAGUUUCUUCAUUCUAGCCCUGAUUCCGAACUCAGAAGGUCAGAGGUCCUCGAGCGCUCGAAAUCGUGGCCUUUUCUGAAUUUUCUGGGGCUACCGAAGACCUCCGGUCACGAAAUCGGGACAAAUUUCGGAAUUUUCUGAGAUUUCGGAACUCAGAAAACCUCUUUCUGUGUUGACUCUUGGGGGAGGACGUGUGUGGAUGGUCUGCAGCCGAGAAGCAAUGUUCUUAUCUGGUAAAAUGGUGGUUUUUGAGCUGGUGUAGGUUCGGGGUUAGGAAUUGGAGCUGCCCUCUUGCUUUGAUCUGUAAAAUCAGUAGUGUUGCCUACAUCAGCUACUGACAAUUUGUGAGGAUGCUGACGAGGAAGAAGAAGGACGUCGCCGGCGGUGGGCAGGGCGCUGGAGUUCCCUCCUUCCCGGAUGAAGUUCUGGAGCAUGUCCUCGCGUUCGUGAGAUCUCACAAGGACCGCAGCGCGGUUUCGCUCGUCUGCAAGGAUUGGUACGCGGCGGAGAGGUGGACCCGAUCCCAUGUGUUCAUUGGGAACUGCUACUCCGUCUCGCCGGAGAUCCUCGUCCGGCGGUUUCCAAACAUCCGGAGCAUCACGCUCAAGGGGAAGCCACGGUUCUCCGAUUUCAACCUCGUUCCAGCCAACUGGGGCGCUGACAUCGGGUCGUGGUUGGUUGUCCUGGCGAAGGCCUAUCCCUUCCUCGAGGAGCUGAGGCUCAAGAGAAUGGCCGUGACCGAUGAGAGCCUAGAUUACCUGGCGCAAUCGUUCCCCAAUUUCCGGGCGCUCUCGCUUGUUAGCUGCGAUGGAUUUAGCACCGACGGCCUUGCCUCAAUUGCUACACAUUGCAGGAACUUAACGGAGCUGGACAUACAGGAAAAUGACAUACUUGAUCUUGGAGGGAGCUGGUUAAGUUGCUUCCCUGAAAAUUUUACAUCACUUGAAGCUCUAAACUUUGCAAGUUUGAACAGUGAAGUCAACUUCGAUGCUCUAGAAAGGCUUGUAUCUAGAUGCAGGUUUCUGAAAGUCCUGAAAGUAAACAAGUGUGUCACACCAGAACAAUUGCAGAGGCUUCUUGUGAAAAUUCCACAUCUGGCUGAGCUUGGAACGGGAUCCUUUUUCCAAGAGCCCACCCCAAGGCUAACUGCCGAGCUCAGCAAUGCAUUCAGCAAUUGCAAAAAAUUACACACUUUGUCAGGUUUAUGGGACGUGACACCGUUGUAUAUUCCUGCACUAUCUCUAGCCUGUGCAAACCUUACAUUUUUGAAUUUGAGUUAUUCAGUCCUUCAAAGUACCGAGUUGGUUCAGCUGCUUGCUGGCUGCACUCAACUUCGACGCUUAUGGGUCUUGGACACUGUUGAAGAUAAAGGAUUGGAAGCAGUAGCAUCUUCAUGUCCAGAGUUGGAAGAACUACGUGUUUUUCCUGCUGAUCCUUUCGAGCCUGAUCUUGGUGGUGUCACUGAAUCUGGGUUUGUUGCUGUCUCAUCCGGUUGCCCAAAGUUGAGCUAUGUGCUAUACUUCUGCAAGCGGAUGACAAAUGCUGCUGUUGAGAAAGUUGCUCAAAACUGUCCAAAUUUCACUCACUUUCGUCUCUGUAUCAUGAACCCAUGGGAACCAGAUUAUCUCACAAAUGAGCCCAUGGAUGAAGGCUUUGGUGCUGUGGUUAAACAUUGCAGCAAAAUUCAGAGGCUUGCUGUAUCUGGGCUUCUCACUGACCGCACAUUUGAGUACAUUGGCAGAUAUGCCAAGAACUUGGAGACACUUUCCGUGGCAUUUGCAGGCAGCAGUGACCAGGGAAUGCAGUAUGUGUUGCAGGGAUGUCCAAAGUUGCGGAAACUAGAGAUCAGAGAUUGUCCAUUUGGCAAUGCAGCCUUACUAUCGGGACUGGAACGCUAUGAAUCUAUGCGGUCAUUGUGGAUGUCUGCUUGCAAGGUGACAAUCAAUGCCUGCAAGAUACUGGCACGGCAGAUGCCUAGGCUCAAUGUAGAGGUAAUCAAGGAAGGUGAGAGUGAUGAGAUGCAGGCAGAGAAAGUGUAUGUAUACAGGACGGUGGCCGGCCCCAGAACAGAUGCACCACCUUUUGUUCUUACCCUCUGAAUGAUGUCCUUCUGCUAUUAUAAACGGCAUACUACAAGGCUCGCCCGGUUGCAGAUUUACUUCAAGGGCUUCCAAAAAAGGAGGAGAGCUGGCCAGGCUACUAAAAAGGUGCGGCUACAACAAUGGGUGUUAAGGACCUGAAUUCUCGCCAUACCUCCAGAACAAGCUGUAAUUCCUGUCAAACCCCUGGACUAAAUUCCCUACUUUUCAGAUCUCUUAUUUGUGGGAAUGAUAUCUGUGGCAGUAAGGAAAACUUUGGUAGUAGUGUUAGUGGUAGCAACAUUAACAUUUUAAUGUUCAAUCUCCCUACGAAACAAGCGUUCCAAAGAAAUUCAAGGACUGCAAGAGUGAGCUUGACUGCGUCCUACUGCA